CUUUAUCUGCCACCCCUGCCCUUAGAGUGAUUAUUAUCAUAGAGAGCUGUCAGGGCAAAGGUGGACAGGAGGAGAGACAUGUUUGGUAGAAUGUAUAGAAGUUUGCGUUGACGUCUGCUACCAACAGGGUUAUUAUUGACUAAAGUGAAGAUAAACUUUAUGUUGAUCUGCCAUUAAGCGCUGUCAUGGAGAAACAUGUGAAUAUACUAAGUGGAGGUUUGUCAACUGAACUGGAAGCUGCUGGUUUCAUGAUACAGGGUGAUCCACUAUGGAGUUCUAGACUUCUUAAAACCAACCCACAAGCUAUAAAGAAUGUACAUGCAAGUUUCCUCAAGAGUGGAGCUGAUGUCCUAACUACUGCAACUUACCAAGCAAGUGUUGAAGGUUUUCAAAAGUCUCUUGAUCUUAAUGUAGAUGAAGCAGCAGAACUAUUCCAUGUCGGUGUUAGACUGGCCAGGGAGGCUGCUGAGGAGUUCAAUGCACAAUCACCAGUUAAGAAAAACAUUAUAAUAGCUGGAUCCAUAGGUCCAUAUGGUGCUUUUCUGCAUGAUGGUUCAGAAUACACUGGCAACUAUGUGACGGACAUGACUAUCGAGGAUCUGAAAAACUGGCAUCGGCAGCAAAUGCGUUGUUUAGCUAUGUCAGGGAUUGAUUUGUUUGCAUUCGAGACAAUCCCUAGCCAAAAAGAAGCAGAGGCAUUAGUUAUGCUUUUGAGGGAGUUUCCAAAUCUAAAAGCAUGGCUGUCUUACUCCUGUAAGGACAUAUCUUCAACCAGUUAUGGAGACAAAUUUAAGGAGGCAGUGAAAAUUGGUAUGGGAUUAGACCAGCUGGUGGCCGUGGGUGUAAAUUGCUGCCCUCCAAACUUAGUUAGCCCACUUCUAAUGUCUGCCAACCAGAAUCAAGACCCGAAAACUGGGUGGAUUGUUUAUCCCAACACUGGAGAAGAAUGGAACCAUGAAUCUGGCUGGCAAGGCCGCGGUGCAGACAGACAUAUUCUGGACAAUGUUCAAGAGUGGAUUAACCUUGGUGCUAAAUGGAUUGGAGGCUGCUGCAGGACAACUCCUUCUGACAUUGAAAGCUUAAGACAAUUUUUGCGCCCAGCAACCUAAUCGGCUGCUAAUGCAUUUCAUGCGACCUGUGAAAUAAUUUAUAAAUGUGAAGGCCUUAAACCAUUGUGUAUUCUUUUAAUUUGAGGAUAUACAUAUAAUUGAAUUUUCCAGAUAAACCAUCUGGUUAAAGAGAGCUAGAAAGAGAGACAGCUGUGAAUCUAUACUCUAAGUAACUCAAUUCAAUGUAACCAGAUGUGCGGUCAAAUAAAUACUAAGGGCUUUUACAGUAAAUGCCUAGCACCUACAUUCAAAGCAAAGGUCUAUUUUGGAAAAAUAAAAAGAUCUCUCGUUGCUGGUAAUGGCAUUUACAGUAAAAAAAAAAUAAAACACUGUCAACUUGCAUAUAGCUAACUUUAAACAAAUGUUUCACAAUUAUGCUCUAAGAAAAUUAAUAAUGAACUAAAAAUAUUUUAAAUUUAUUAGGAAUUUAUGGUAACAAAAUCUA